AAUCGCCGCGGUGUAAAGAACCGUCUCGCAAGAUUAAAUAAAGCUGCCUGCACUACGUUGUGCUCGUCAUCGGAAAGUAUAUUGUGUGUAUUUUGCAUCAUAAAACCGCUUGCACUUUCUCAACUGCCAACGCUUCCCUGUGCGGAUCAUAGUUGGCGUCGUGCGUUGAUCGGGCUUUACUUACAUAAGUCAGCACAUCGGUUUCUAAUUGUUGUAACAUUUGCAUGAAAGUGUUCUUCGUUCGUUCUACGAGGUCUGCCAGGAAGUGAGAAAGUUAUUGCUCGUUUUGGUAGUCGCCUUCGAAGGACCGCAAAAUGUCGAAAACAAACAAGAUCGUGCUUCGAAUCCAAUCAGCUGAUGGCACGAAACGCGUCGAAACAGAACUAGCGGCUUCCGCACGAAAUCUGUACGAGCUUGUCCGUACGGCGUGCGGCUUCGACCAUUUCGACUUUGCGUUGUUCAAGGAGCGGAACUUUACAAAGGAGAUCGUUUCGAGUGUCUCGCAGGAUGUGAAAGAUAUUGGUCUCAAACAUGGUGAUAUGCUAUAUUUACGUUUAGUUGAAGGACCCUCCACAUCGAAGGCAGCGGAACGUAGUGCAUCGGUCAGUUCGUUAGCUUCAAGCAACAGCUCGUCGAUCAGUAAUGUGGCAUUUAGCCGCGAAGCCACUCCUUCGACUAGUGCGAAAUCCUUAUCGGUAGUAUCACAAUUACCAAAGGAAGAUACAGUUGAUGUGGAGUUAUACAACAAGGAUGGGCGUAUCAAGCGUAAUCGUGACGAAAAAUUAUGUCGCCACAACUCGAAUGGAUGCUGUGUGCACUGCUCGCCCCUGGAACCGUGGGAUGAAAACUACCUCAAGGAGCAAAAGAUAAAGCAUUUCAGCUUUCACUCCUACCUGAAGAAGCUAACAUCCGGGGCCACACGCGGAAAAUUCGUCGCCCUUGAGGACCUGAACUGCAAGAUCAAAUCCGGCUGCCGGGAUCACCCGCCAUGGCCGAAGGGUAUCUGCUCCAAGUGCCAACCGUCGGCGAUUACGCUCAACCGCCAGCCGUACAGGCACGUGGACAACGUGAUGUUCGAAAAUACAGGCAUCGUCGAGCGGUUCCUUAACUACUGGCGUACGAGCGGGCACCAGAGAAUUGGCUUCCUGUUCGGUACGUACGAGAUCCAUCCGGACGUACCGCUUGGCAUCAGGGCUCGUGUAGCGGCGAUCUACGAGCCUCCACAAGACAGCAAUCGUGACUCGAUUCGUCUACUGGAGGACGCCAACGAUGGCGACGUGGAUGAGCUGGCGAAGGCGCUCGGAUUGCAGCGGGUCGGGUGGAUUUUCACCGAUUUGCUGAGUGAAAACUUAGCCAACGGAACGGUGAAGCACGUGCGCAACAUAAAGACGCACUUUUUGACCGCUCAGGAGUGCAUCUUGGCCGGCCACUUGCAAAACAAAUACCCUAACCGCUGUCAGCACGCCUCGAAUGGCUAUUUUGGCUCCAAAUUCGUUACGGUCUGCGUAACGGGUGAUGAUAAGAAACAAGUGCACAUGGAAGGAUACGCCGUAUCUGCACAGUGUAUGGCGUUGGUGCGAGACAACUGUCUCAUCCCCACAAAGGACGCUCCGGAAUUAGGAUAUAUUCGAGAAUCAACUGACAAGCAGUACGUCCCGGAUGUGUACUACAAGGAAAAGGAUGUGUACGGUAAUGAGGUGCAGCGCCUUGGUCGCCCGCUUCCGGUCGAGUAUCUGCUGGUGGAUGUUCCGGCCUCCACCCCACUCGUUCCGCUCUACACAUUCCACGAGCGGAAGGACGCGAAGGAGUACUUCCCGGUCGAGAACCGGCUGAUCGACGGUCAUAUACAGGACUUCUCCGCCCUGGCGGACUAUCUAGCUAAAUCGCGCUCAAUGCCGUUCCUCGAGACUGUGUCCGACUUUCACCUACUGCUGUAUCUCUACCGCAUGGAGGAUAUGCUCCCGAUGAAGUCCCAGCUUGGUCCUCUGCUAGAGGCGAUACGCAGCAAGGAUAAGGCGAAGGCCAAUGAGUGGAAGACACGCGAAGUGUGGAAAACGCUCGAGGAACUGAUCGCGGCCAGUUCCCAUCACGAAGAUUCCAGCAUGAGCAACGAUGUGGAAUUUGUUCCGAGCGGGGAAGCCGAACAGAACUGGAUCUGUACGUUCUGCACAUUCAUCAACAGCCGGGAGCUGCCAGCGUGUGAAAUUUGCAACCUUCCAAGGACUAGACAAUGAAGGGUGCACCAAGCAGUUUAGCAAAGCAAAAGAUGCCCAACAACACACUGAGGGACAAAUUAAAACGGCGCUCAAGGAAUGCAUUUCAGCAUUCCAAUGCAGACGCAGCGGGAAGCACGAAUGGAAAAUGCUUGCAUAGGAACAUCUUGCAUCGCGGAAGCUACCCACAGCUACUUACUUUAAAACAAAAUCCGGGGGUCUUUUAGAAUAUUGCUUAACAAAUAAAAAUGAAACGCUGUCUCUCGCUGGGUAGCACUUAUUACUGAGGUUGCAUUUCGCGCCACGGUAGCGGAAUUGAGACACACUGACAUCUCCCUCCUCAUUGCGCCACCAAUUGCAGUGCAUUCGAGAUGGUGUGUGUAAGUGGGUGUAUGUGUGUGUUUGGGAAAAUUGUGCAUGCAAAUAACCAGAAGUGAUUUAAUUAUUUAUUCAACAACAACAACAUCAGUAAGUAAUCUUUGAAUCCAGUGUUGUCCAGCCGGCGGGAUAUGGGAAUCGAAGAGAAAUGUGGGGAAAACCACCCCCAGACAGACAGCAAGAAAAACUGAUUGAAAUAAAGUCCAUCAUAUAAGCA